CUGUCCGCAGGGAGGGAUCCGAGCAGGGAUCCGAUGGCACCCGAGGGACGGGCAGCGACUGAUACACAGCAAAUUCCAUCUGAACAUGAAGAAGAAAAACUUCUUUCUGUGAUGGUGACAGCGCUSGAACAGACUGCCCAGAGAGGGUGUGGAGCCUCCCUCACUGGAGAUAUUCCAGAACCUGUGCCAUGUGUGCUGGGAGGGCCCUGCUUGAGGAGGGAGCUGAGAAGACACAUGCCAGCACACUUGGCUUCUUGGAGGGUUUCUCCCUGUGUUUUCAGAUCCUCCAAAUCAGAACUCAAACCAAAUCUGGCCAGUGAUGGAGUUGUCUAUGCUCCACUUCAGAUGUUCACUGAAGAGGAGGCCAUGCUGAAAGACAUGGUGGCAAAAUUUGCCCAAGAACGAGUUGCACCUUUUGUGCAAAAAAUGGAUGAGACUGCGAAAAUGGAAGACUCUGUUGUACAGGGAUUGUUUGAACAAGGGCUGAUGAGUAUUGAGCUUGGGGAAGAAUAUGGAGGAACUGGAGCUUCAUUUUUUUCAAUCAUAUUGGUGGUAGAAGAAUUGGCCAAAGUUGAUCCAGCUGUGGCUCUUGUGUGUGAACUCCAAAAUACCCUAACAAAUAAGUUGAUUACCACCUAUGGAACAGAAGAACAAAAGAGAACUUACUUGCCCCGGGUGUCYAAAGAUACACUAGGGAGUUUCUGCCUUUCAGAGGCUGGGUCUGGCAGUGAUGCUUUUUCCUUGAAGACUCGAGCUGAGAAGAAAGGAGAUUACUACAUCAUCAAUGGCUCAAAGAUGUGGAUUAGCUUAGCAGAAGAUGCAGGAAUUUUCUUUGUCAUGGCAAAUACAGACCCAUCCUUAGGGUACAGGGGAAUUACAUGCUUCAUAGUGGAUCGCAACACCGAGGGGCUUCAUGUGGGGAAAAAGGAGGACAAGCUGGGAAUCAGAGCAUCUUCCACCUGCCCAGUAACRUUUGACAACGUGAAGGUUCCUGAGACCAAUAUCCUGGGACAGGUGGGACAAGGCUAUAAAUAUGCCAUUGGAAUGCUCAAUACUGGCAGAAUAGGGAUUGCUGCACAGAUGUUGGGACUGGCUCAGGGRUGUUUUGACCGUACAGUUCCCUACACAAAGGAGAGAGUCCAGUUUGGGAAAAGCGUGUUUGAUUUCCAGGGGAUGCAGCACCAGAUUGCCCAGGUGGCCACGCAGCUGGAGGCGGCCAGGCUGCUGACCUACAACGCGGCGCGGCUGGCGGAGGCGGGCAGGCCGGCCAUCAAGGAGGCCAGCAUGGCCAAGUACUUCACUGCUGAGGUUGCAACACUGACAACCAGUAAAUGUAUUGAAUGGAUGGGAGGUGUUGGAUUCACCAAAAAUUAUCCAAUAGAAAAAUACUAUCGUGACUGCAAGAUAGGUACAAUAUAUGAAGGAACUUCAAAUAUCCAGUUGAGCACAAUUGCAAAAUUCUUAGCACAGGAGUACUAAAACCAUAAGGACUUUCUUGACUGUUAYAUGAGAAUUAUUUCCCUGAACACUGCUUGUGAAUUACCCAUUUAUUUGUAAWUACAGAAGGCAUUGAUGACAUCAUAAAUAAGAAUACAUCAUCACAGAUGAAAUUAUAGAGAAAACCAUAAAUUUCYCAUUUCAGGAUAGUGAGUAAUUCACAUGAAAUUGUGAAUUCCACAUCCAAAUCCAAAUUUCUUUCUGCCUGAGAGACUUCCAAGCUAAUGCACUGGAUUUAGCUACCUUAGGUCAUGCCAGCAGUGAAUCUUCAAUUGGAGAUGUCAGAAUGAAAACAAAGGAAUCCAAAUCCCUGGCCUGGCUGGUGGGAAGGGUUCUGUUAAUCCACCUUGGAGAAAGGACUCUCCACGUGCAGCAGAGCUGUGAGUGCUGUGGAGCUGCUGUUGGGAUGUGCUGCCUGCAUUAGCAUGGGGUGCAAAGGGAGGAAAGUGGUGUUUUCCUGUCUCCCAGGUGGAGUGAUGGCUGUGGAGCUGCUGUAAUUGGAGUCAUUUUUAUAGCAGCCCUUAGUGUGUUCUUAAGGAUAUCUUUGUAAUUAAGCCUUUCCAGCCCCAAUUUGUACUCCUGAAAGGUGGAUAAUAUCCACCUCCCUUUCCAGCCUUCUCAGCUGUUAAGGGUUUUAAUCUAAGAGCCUAUUUAUAGUUCUCCUUUCAUAAAAGGUUGAGUUGAAAUCUUUCUGAAAUGGGGUUAAAAAAGCUCUGGUAGUUCUGCAAAAGGACAGAUAUAAGCUGGGUAAUGGGAGUGCUGUGAUACUACCUCACAGUGGCCUUUCCACAUUCAAUGCAUUUUACCAACUUUAAAGGGAGGUGCUGUUAAUUUGCAGACUAGAAUUCCUUGCUCCUGGAAGUUAGUGGUUCUCCAGUAUAGCUUUUCCCUUUUUGAGAGAGAAAAAGGGGAGGGGGUUGGGAAGUAUUUGCUUUUUUUAUUCCUGUCUGUUUACUCUAAAAUUAGACAUUUUAUUUACAGCAGAAACCUCUUCAGUGCUGGAGAGCUAAUUAACUAAUAAUCAAGAGACAGGAAGCUUAAUAUAUGAAAAAUCAUCCUAAUUGCUSUAAUUGGCAAUCUGUUUCAAGUGUUUUGGGGAGGGAAGGAUUGGUUUUCUGGUUUUGGCUGACUUAGAAGAAUCUCAUUUUUAAAGCUUGCUGUUCACUGGUGAUUCACUCUGAGAGGAGCUUAGAAUGUUAGAGGCUGAGACUCCCAAAGGAUUUCCUUAGCAAAACCAGGGCAAAUGACACUUAACAAGUGGGAUUUGUAAAACAAGCAGCCUGCAGUGCCUUAGACAAAAAGCCAAGCAAGGAUGAAAAGCACUAUUAAAAAGUUUUCUGACUUUGAAGCCAAAUAAUUACUUUAGUGAAUUAAUCCCCUUAUAUACAUGCUUUGCCUGUUGAUAGGCAAAGAACUAUUCUGGUGAUUAUCCUUAUGCCAAUAAAAAAGCCCCUCCCACAUGAGUUUGAUCAAGAGCUUUGAGAUUUUCAAAAACACAAGAGUAGGAAAGUAGACUAAAUGGUUUCUGAAGUUUUCUUCUGGCAAUAUUAUUAUUUGUAAUCAUUAUCAUUAUUWAUGUAUUUCAGAUUUGUUUGUGGGCUUUCUUUCAGCUGAUUUGAAACAGCUGGGGAAAUUUAGAUUAGAUUUAAGACUACAGACACCACAACUUUAAUUACAGUUAUUCUGCUCAACAUAGUCUAUCUGUGAAUCUAAAAUGAUCAUAACCACACUCCAAAAUGCUUGAGUUAAUGUUGAUUAAUGUGCAGAGUUGUGCCAAGGCAAGGCAGCCCUUGGCUGCUGAGGUUUAAUCUGCUUUGCUCACAUGAGUGUUCAGAGAUCAGGGCUUGGUUCAUCAUUUUUACUGGGAUCUCCUGGUUUGAGACACRGUCUUGGCUUGGCUUCUGCAGUUUUUUGUGAGACUGAGAAAUGAAUGGCAAUACUUAACUGGUUUAAUACAGUGCCAGAAGCAAAGCCUUUGUGCAGGAAAGUGCAGAGCUCUUUGAAGGACUGUUAAGAGCUGGAGAUAUCCAGGAUUAUGUAAAAAGACUCUUUGUGUUGAACUGUGUCAGGUAUCCAUUUGAAAAAAAUAACCAGGAAAAAAUGACAUUAAUGUGAUUCCUCACAGUCUGAUCUUGGAUGCCUAAGUCCAGGAAACAACCUGAACAUCCUCAUCAGCUAUUCAGCAGUAGCUGAGGAGCCUUUUUUUUCAGCAAAACAAGGUCAAGCCUUUAACAAAUGUUACAGCUGUAAAUAUUUCAUGUCUUUGUUCAUGUCUUUGUAUGCUGUAUUUUAUACACAGUUUUGAAAGAAAUGUGUGUAUUGUAUUUGAUAUUUGUAUACAAAAUUCUGUGGAGGAAUAUGAGCACAAAUCAAUUACAACCCCUGAGUAUCUUUCAUUGUUGUUUUUACAGGACAGAUACCUCUGUGGAGAGCAUUGGUUACUCUGGUCAUUGAUUCUGGGAGGAGUUAACUUAGAGAAUCCCAGAAURAUUUGGGUUGGAAGGGAACUUAAAYCCCAUCCAGUCCCACCCCUGCCAUGGGCAGGGACACYUUCCACUAUCCCAGGUUCCUCCAAGGCCCAUCCAGCCUGGCAUAUUUUCAUCCYCUCAAGCUUGAUUCCAUCACUGCUCUGAACUCAGAUGUUGGAUUWGGAAUGGGAAGUGCUGUGCUGUUGUCCAGGAGCUGUUAAGAGCUGCCUGUGUCCCCCAGCCCUUCUUCUGGUUUGGGACAGGUAUUUGUGGGUGGUCAUAAAUGAUAAUUCUACACUGGGCAUUCUGGGCACGGGCUGCAGAGUUGGGGUGGAGAAUGCUGGGAGGCUUCCUGUGCUUUUUAAAUGCUUUAUAUACUCAGUAUGUAUUUUAUUAGUGAGUUUUUCCUUUUUAUGCCCUUAGUCCAUCCAAUCUGUUAUCCUGGAACUGCAACUUCAGUAUCAAAUGUUGCAUGUGAGYUUCCUGGUUAGAAGACCUGUAUUGACAAUGUAUUAAAAAGUGCCUGAAUUUUCUUUUUGACUUGMUAGAAUGGUAAUCUUGUAUAUUGGGUCACGGUUCUCUAAUAAUCURUCACUUUAAAUUGUUGCCAGAUCUUGCAGUUUUUGUACCAGGAGGGAGCAACUGUGUCAUCUGUCGGGUUUCUCUGGUUCUGUUGGGUUGGUAAUCAAGGUCUGAGGCAGAUUUCCACAGAAGGGUUUAAUCACUACUUGGGAAAUACUCAAAUACAACAUUUCAUAUCACRUUUUCUGUGCUGUUGUUCUUUCUUUCAUAUUUUCUUUUCCCCACAUAAAGAUUGUGUUAGAAAAGGCUUACAUGAAAUACAGAGUAAUUGUUCUUUGGUAGCCUUUUGCUAUGUAAAGACUUUUCUAAUUAACGUGUUACUGCAUUUCCACUUGAAAAUCUUUUGGUGAGAGACACAUUUCAAGUUGUUUUACCAAGCUAAGCUCGACUGGAAACCCAGUCUGUUUUGAAAGCAGCUGUCUGACUUCCCUGAGCUGGUCUUGGGCACACAAAAGCUGAAGAAAUGCUUUUCCUCAGCCCCAGAAUGUAUUCAGGGUAACUAGAAAUAACCACUGUGUUCCCUAAUAGCUUGUUUAAUGUUCAAAAGAACAUGUAGUGUACACUGUAACAUUUUUCCYGGUGAAAUAUUUAGAAAUAUAAAUCAAAAAUAUGUGCAGUCUCACUAGACAGUAAUAGCAUUUUUAUAUUUUUUGUCUUUCAAGAUUACUUGGAUUUACAUCUUUCUGAAACUAUUCUCUCUCUGUCUCAGGAACUGUAGAGCUGCUAAUACUGGAGGACUUAGACAAACCAAAAAAAAUGUAAAGUUUUUUGUGCCUUCAGUCAGGAAUGUGGAGCCAGAUCUGAAGCAAUGACCCACCCCUCGGUGGAACAGAAUCAUUUUCUGAUCAUCCUUUCCAUCACAAUAAGUUUGUCACAAGUGUCUUGUAUGUUUUUGGCCUGAAUUUUUUUCAAGGACACGCUGUAAGAUUUUUCUGUGCACUAAUUUACAUCCUAAAUAUGCAAAU